GGAGAUCUCUCGCGAUAGCAUGACCCUUCCUUCCUUCCCCAGGAAAGAUGUCCGCCGGCGGGGAGCUGCUGGAGAGGAUGGUGGUAACAGCGGAGAGCAGCACCAGCAAUGAUACCGCCGCCAUUGCCGCGGCUCCCUCCUCAUCCGCCUCUCCUCCAGCGUCGGCCGUAGCCGCCCCCUCCUCUACCACAGUGACCGCGGGCGGAGGAGGCGGGGAUGAGGAGGAGGAAUGGCUGUAUGGGGAGGAAAACGAAGCUGCUGGGCCAGAUGAUGAUGAAGAGGAUAUAACAAGCUCUCAUCCUUUGACAGUUGUUGAAGCCGAUACUACUGAGAAUGGGGUUGUAAAAACGGUGACAGAGACUGAGGAUGACAGUGAAAGUGACAGUGAUGAUGAUGAAGAUGAUGUUCAUGUUACUAUUGGAGAUAUUAAAACAGGAGCUCCUCAGUUUGGGAGCUACGGGACAGUCCCAGUUAACCUGAACAUUAAAACAGGCAGGAUUUAUGGGCCAGCUGGAAAAGUUAAAGGGGUAGAUUUGGAUGCCCCCGGCAAUAUUAAUGGUGUUCCUCUGGUAGAAGUGGACUUGGAUUCGUUUGAGGACAAACCUUGGAGAAAACCAGGUGCUGAUCUCUCAGACUAUUUCAACUAUGGUUUUAAUGAAGAUACUUGGAAAGCGUAUUGUGAAAAGCAGAAGAGAUUAAGGAUGGGCCUAGAAGCCCUUCCUGUUUCUUCUACAACUAAUAAAAUUACGGUACAACAGGGCAGAACUGGAAACCCAGAGAAAGAUACGAUCAUACAAUCUGCAAAACCAGAGUUCACUUCUCCCACGUCAAUAUUUAAAACUGGAGCUCCACCCCCAAGUAGGAAACUGUCGGGCUCAAUCGAUGUCAUUGGUCAAACCACCACAAUAACACGUGUUGAAGGACGACGAAGGGGAGCCAAUGAAAGCAACAUACAGGUGGUUACAGAACAGUCUCCUUCAGAAGUGGAUAAUAAUUUCAUUAAGCCCCCGCCACCAUUCUUUCCUCCUGGCGCUCCACCUACUCACCUUCCACCACCUCCGUUAUUCCCACCUCCUCCAAAUGUCAGUACUGCCCCUCCUCUUAUUCCUCCUCCAGGAUCUGGAAUGCAGUUAUCUUUCUCCAUGCAAAAACCAUCUAGAUAUGGAAUACCCAUCACAGUGCCACCACCAGGUUUCCCUCCCCCACACGGCGGACCACCACCAUCUCUUAUACCUACAAUAGAAAGUGGACACUCAUCGGGCUACGAUGGACGGUCAACGCCAGCCUUUCCUUAUGGUAGUGUGUCUUUCCCACACAUGCCUGGUUCUGGUGGUCCGUGGUCCAGUCUGGUAGAAACCUCCAAACCUUGGGAGUACUAUCCUCGACGAGAGAAGGAAAGAGAUCGUGAUAGAGACCGAGAACGUGAUAGGGACAGGGAGAGGGACCGAGAACGUGAACGCCCACGAGAAAGGGAUCGGGAAAGAGAGCGAGAGCGGGAUCACAGUCCCAGCGUUGGUGCUUACAAUAGCGAAGAAGAAAGAUACAGGUACAAAGAGUACACGGAAAGACCCGAAAGGGACUAUGUACGGCACAGAGAGAGAAUUAGCCGGGAAAAGGAGGAACGGCACAGGGAGCGGAGGCAUCGAGAAAAGGAAGAGUCCUCAAGGCAUAAAUCAUCAAGAAGCAGCAGCAGGCGGCGCCAUGAUAGUGAAGAAGGUGACAGUCACAGAAGGCACAAGCACAAAAAAUCCAAAAGAAGCAAAGAAGGGAAGGACACUGGAACAGAGCCUGCCGCAGAACCAGAGAGUGUUGAUGCGUCCGCUGAUUAGGUCUAUGCAUCCCGGAUCUGGUGCAGAAACUACUCAGAGUUUUACAAAGAUUGAUUUGUGGGCCAGGGGCCAGGAUGUCAUUGUUAGAAGUAUCAAUAUUUUUUUCAGGGUAUUAAAACAGAAAAAACAGGAAAAAAAAAAUGGCUCUUUAAACUGUGUUUCUUAGCACAACUUUUGUUUGAGUUCAGUUUUUUGGGGUGGGUAUUGUUUUUGGUUUCCUGGGAAAAUAAAGAGUGAUAUUUUUUUUGUUUUUAAGAAA